AUAUUAUGACAAUUUACAUAAUUUGACACUUGUCAAUUUAUAGAAAGUUUUGUUGUUCUCAAACUGUUGUUUCUUAUUAGUUUUUAGAAAUUGUGUGGUUUUCCGCACCCUUGUUGGUAUUGGUAUGUAUGUCAUAUCGCAAACUUAAAUAGAUAUUGUAAAUAUGGCUGAUUCCGGAGUAGACACUGGUAAUGAAAGCAGCGACAACCCUGUUUUCGACCAUUCGUACUGUGUGUUGGAAUUCAAUCCACGAGCAAUACCAAUAAAUUUAGCUGGACAGCCCAUGCCAAUUGACUUUUUGGACGAGCCUCAUGAACAUAUUGGCAAGAUAAAAUGCUCAACAAAAGCUAGACACUGUAGAUUGAAGUAUCGCUAUGUGGGUACAAUAUGUUCAUCGAGGAAUAAAAAACUACGUUUCGCUGCAUCUACCAACAACACCGAGCUUGUAGAGAAGUUGCUCCUGUCAGGCGCUGAUCCCAACUCCUCUGAUGAACACAAAAGAAGCCCUUUGCAUUUGGCAGCUUGUCGUGGCUAUGUUGAUGUUGUUAAAAUGUUACUAAGACACGGCGCAAACCCUAAUAUCAAAGAUACCCUGGGUAAUACACCUCUGCAUCUUGCAGCUUGUACUAACCACAUCCCCGUCGUCAUAGAGUUGCUUGACGCUGGAACAGAUGUAAGAUCUAAUGAUAAAAAUGGUCGUAAUCCAAUACAGUUGGCACAAAGCAAGCUGAAACUGAUACAAAUGCGCCCCAGUGGAGCUGGCCACUUUGAGGAAACGAAACAACUUAUCAGUGAAAUUUGUCUAGUUGUCGAGAUGAUGCUUAAAUAUAUGAAGAUACAAAAAGCCGAUGCGGGUGAACUAGAGUCUGUACGAGAGAGAUUAGAAAAUGUAAGCACAAGGGAACAAGUUGAUUCUGAAGUACAAAACCUUCUAGACAGUCUUGACUCGUUAAAAUUAAGAUAAAUUUUGUUCAUUAAAGAAAUUUAAGACUGUUUGAAUAAUUGUAACUAAUUAAAUAUAGGUCAUAAUAUAAUAGAUUUAAAAUUUUGAUUGUAAGUGGCAAGUGUCAUCAACUUAUUUCUAAUAUUUAGGGUUAAGGUUUAACGAAUUAUAAAAAUAUAAGAAAAUUUUUUCUAGUUAUUAUUGUAACUACUCUCAUUGUCUUAUUGAUUCAAAAUAUUCAUUGUUGCAACUAGUGUCUUAAAGUAAUAAAUUUAUUAUCAUCUUU